CUCGACGACGAAGUACAUACAAUCGGCUCACCACUAACACGCGCGCUCGACUUUCGAAGCAAAACGGCUGCGGCUCUUUGGCGCCCCGAACGGUGGAAAUGAACUGAAUCCCUCUUGCUGGGUCGCGCAACAGACCGCCGGUUUCGUCUGUCAUCGAACAACUGAGCUGCAGUCACGAUGAACGUGUGGGAGACGGAGGACGAGUCGACCGGGCCGGCGGUGCCUCCGCCGGUCCCCGCUGACCCUCCGUAUCGUGCGCUCUCGCGCACCGUCUCACGGAGUUCACGAAAAUCAGGGAGGUCUGUCACACCACCCGGAAAGAAGGGCAAAAGUCGUUCUCCGCCGCCAUUUCCUGGAGACAAGAGUGAGAGGGGGUCGAAAAGGUCUUCCAGAGACGUCAGCAUGGAUGAGAACAUCAGCAUCUUAGACCCGCGCCGUUUCACACCGACACUCCAUGCGAGCUUGGUCUCCGAGAUUCUGUCUCUGAGACGUGAUCAGGAGGAGAAGCUGAAGAUUAUUGAGAGCCUCGAGACGUCGCUACACACGGUACGAGAGGAGUCGGAAUCCCUGCAGGCGACGGUAUUGUCGACUGGGAAGGAAGCUCGAUCGCUAAAGCGGCAACUCUCAUUACUGGAAGGGGGUACAUCCUCGGCGAUUGGCGAACUGGCCCGGGAACGCGAUGAGGCGAUAGAGUCGGCUGCCGAGACGAAAAAGCGACUCGAAACAGCGCAAAAGAAGCUACGGAGCCAGGAGGAAGAUUCGGAACGGGUGCACCAGCAGUGGGCAAAAGAAAAGGACGACUGGGAGGAGGAGAAGCGCAAGUUUGAGCGGAGAAUCCAUGUCGCCGAAAGCAGGUUAAAGGCGGUGCUUGAUGAGGUUGCGGCAUUCCAGGCUGCCCAGGCCACUGCGCUGAACAUAGUUUCCAACGGUGCCGAAAGCGACGGGGAAGAAAGCGGCAAGGACGACGCGGCCAGUGUUAGGAGCAUGAGCAUCACGAACAGCAUCCGUUUCUCGGUCGCAAACAGCAUCCUCAAGGCGAACGGCAACUCACUAGCUGACGAGUUGGGACUCGAUGGCGACUAUGACGAUGAGAGCGACUGGGGCGGUCGGGAAAGCGUCCUGUCGAAGGGUCACUCGCGGAACUUCAGCCGGGACAGCUUUGCUUUCAGAACGCACCGGAGGCACCAGAGCAGCGAUAGCAUGGUGAGGCCGGGAAGCGUGCUUCGCGGGAAGCUGGCCUUUAACCCUGCUGCUCUUGAACGGCUCGAGGAUGGUAUCAUCAAGGAGGUUGAGGAGUCGGAGCCGCCAGCACCUAAUGCCAGCUAUGUGGACACGGGAAUCCAAUACUCACCGCCGCCAUCGCCAAAAGUCGGCCCCGUUCCGCCUUCGACCCCCGAACCUUCCCCAUUGGUGCAGAGAUACGAGAGGCCCUACGAUGUCGACAGCCCGCCGCGUACCGACCAAGAGAUCGAGGCGAACCAGCGGCGAAAACGGGUGCAUGUUGGACAGACGCUCGCCAUCAAGACGCCUGGCCUCCAUAGUCUGAUGGUGAACGGGUCGUCGCAGACCGCCGAGGAGCCGCUGAGUCCGCCGAAGACUCCUAAGACGCCGUUCCAGGAGAUGCCACCGACACCCAAACCAAAAACCCCCGACAUGGUUUCUGCAUCCACCCAGACCGAUGACCUGCCUCCUCCGCUCAGUCCGUCCUCGCUCGGACUCCCAAUGCCCAUUCCCAGUAUUAGCAUCAUCCCUUCAAGCCGUCCAAGCACGCCUCGCGAGCCGCGACUUCCACAGCUGACCAAGGAUUUCGGGUGCCAAGUGUCGCUGUUGAUCACGACUUCCAUGACGUCUUCCGCCAUGCAGACGGAAGAGAUUCGGGUUGACAAGCGGUUGGAUAAGCUGCCGCCGCACUUACAUCCCUCCGCCAUCACAUCCAGGCCCGCCUCGCCCGCUGUCGGCACAGCGGAUCUUGCCUCAGAGGAUACACGGCAGUUCACUCCUAUUCCUGGGAACCUGCCUCCGCGAAAUCCGCGACGACUGGACAGCAAACGAAGCUUGACGGAGAUACCCUCGUCGCCUCCAAGCCUUCCGUCUCCGAUUCUGGAGCAGAGAACCUACGAUGCCUACCCUGGGAACAAUGACAAUGGUCCGCUGUCGAGCCAGAAGGCUCCCAUGCGACGGCCGCCACGGAUCAGCAGCUUGUUCGCAGGGUUUGAUGGAAACAGUACCGACGAGGCCGAUGAGUUCAUGGAAGCUGAUUUCAGCGACUCUGAGUACCGCACUGCUCUCUCAGCGCCGAACCCAAGGAGUGCAUCGAGCCGUGCAGGAAAGCGCAACUCCGUAGGAACAGUAACUUCGUCGGAGAACACCCUAUCACCCAAGUACAGCGGGCGCGUUUUACCCCGGAAUGUCGAGACUCCCGAAAGCCUCGAUUCCGCUUACCCGAUGCGGGAGGUGCGGGAUACUGGCUUCGGCAGAAGGGGCUCGAGGCGCGGCGGGCGGUCUUUCAUGUUCGGUACGAAGUCGAGCGUCAUGCGCAGGGCUGCCAUGAUCCAGAGUGGCAUUGCAUCGCACCAGCGGGCUAGGAGCCCAAGUUUGACGGACCCGACGGAGCCUCCGUUCCCUAUCCCGACGCGGGCCAGUUCGAGGAAGCCACCGGUCAGCGUCAGUGCUCCAAGUGAAGGACGGACAAGCCCAAGCAGAGGCCCCGAAGCUUGGCCUAGGCGAGGCUCGAACCGCAGCCACUACCGCGCGAACAGUAUCCGCAAGGUGCGCUCCGCGGCUGCUUUCCCUCGGAAUCAGAGGUCUCGGCGGCGCGGUAGCCGCUCACCGCCGCCGGUCUCGCUGAGUACCGAAGCGCCCGAGAGUCCCAGGCUGCCCCCCUUGCCAAGAAACGAUACCACGACGCCUCGGCAUAGGGACGGAUACCGGUACAAGACCCACAGGUCUCAGCCGUCCACAACGACAGCGAACACGGUAGAUACAGGAGCUGGGUCGCAGGGGGCAUCGAAUCAACCUCCCACGGUCGUUGACUCCAUCGCGCAGACCAUGGUCGGCGAAUGGAUGUUCAAGUACGUGCGCAGGCGCAAGUCCUUUGGUGUUGCGGAUACCAAGGGCGCCGACGACAGCAGCAAUGAUCGUCACAAGAGAUGGGUUUGGGUCGCCCCCUAUGAGCGUGCAAUUCUCUGGAGCAGUAAGCAGCCGGCUUCAGGCAGCGCGCUGCUGGGCAAGUCUGGCCGGAAGUUGUUGAUCCAAUCGGUGCUCGAUGUCAAGGACGACAAUCCGCCUCCAAAGGGCGUGGCCCAGGUGUUCAACAGGUCUAUCCUGAUCCUUACGCCGCAGCGGGCGCUGAAAUUCACAGCCACAAACGCCGAACGCCAUUACGUUUGGUUGACAUCGCUGUCGUUCCUGGCUCACUCCAACCAAGCCAUACCCGACACACUGGCGGUGCCGCAGCCGAAGCCGUUGGUCGAGCAGUAUGAAGCGCCGAAACCUAAGCGAAGGCAGAUCCGCGACUCAAUCCGUCUCACCAAGGCGAAGACGGCUGUGAUCAAGUCUGAUCCGGCGGAACCACCCCAGAUCGACAGCGCUCCUCCCAAUAUCCCUACCUUCAGGCCUCCGGUGCCGGAGAUCUACCAUCUCCCGGCACACACAAGGGACAUGUCCAGGGACGCGGCCGAGCCGCCGAGCAUUCCGCGGUUCUCUGACCGAGCGAACCAGAUGCCGGUCCACGGGCGCAAGCGAAGUAACACCGGCGGCCACGUGCCGCCACCCCUUUCCUUCCGCGGAUUCUCCGGCCCUGCCGGGAGCGGUUCGUAUCAUGCCUCAACAAACAGCACGGCGGGCAACAGUGUCAUCACUGCUGGCUCCUCGGAUAUCUACAGCAACACGGGCGCUAGCGCCGUCACGGGAGCGAGCGGCAUGAGCUGGGCGACCGGGAGCGUGAGUCGGACGUCGGAGGCCUCGAGCCGGCCGAGCGUCCCCGUCACGAACAACUUCUUCGACGCCAUUGGGACGGUGCGCAUGGAGGCCUUCAUCAGCCCCCAUUCGUUCAGCCAGCCCGAGACGCCGUACGAGCACGAAGACUUCCGGUAUGUGGCACGACGGCGAAGCAAGGAGCUCCGGCGCAGGGCCAGCCGGAGCCGGCAACGCGACAGCUACCAGAGCCGAGGCACCCGGGGCACGGGAGGCACAGACGACCUGGACGAGUGGUAUCUGAGAGACGACCCCUUCAGAGGAUUCUAAAACUUACUUUCUCUUUUCGAUUUUCUUUUUCUCACAUCUAACAUCUGUGGCCCAAGCCGCGUUCCACGUCAUGACUGACGCGCAUCUCUAUUAUCUAUAACUUCUAUUUCCUAAUUCAAAACAAAGAGCCUGCCGCUCCUGGUCAUUGUUUACGACCGGCAUAUGUCGUCUCCCUUUCCCCUUUGUGACCUGGAUGGAUUCAUUCUCCACCUGCAGAGUGUAGGCUUUUCGCUUUCUACCUCACUGGGUAUAUAUAUAUUUCUCGGUUGGAGGGGAAACUACUAGUAGGUACAGGUUCUCUCUUUUUUCUUUUUUUUUGGGAGGGUGCGGUAUCGCUUUGCUGUUAUGCCACCCGUUUUGACAUGAUACCAAUAUUUUUUUGGGCUUUCUGAAGCUGGCUGAAGAUUUGCGUCUAGCUUCAUGUCUGUAUAUUUAUUCUCUUGCUGUUUUCUUAGAUGCUCUCAUCAGGAGCGCUACAACACCG